GAGCUUAACCAAAAAAUUUUUUAGCCUGUCAGUUGUCAGCGGAUUAUGUUGUUUGCGGGUGUUUUGUCGGAGUCGCUCUCUCUCUCACCGUGCUCUACGAUCCUCUGCUGCCACCGACGAUGAUCGUCGUCGUCGUCUAAUUGGAUAUCGCAGUGUGCAUCUCAUCUUCUCCGCUGGAUCAUCAUCAUCAGCUGCAGAAGACACGACGAGUCGCAAAUUGGAUAGUUGUCUGUUCGAGUCAUUUCAUCGAAAGAUAGAUAGAUAGAAAGAAGACACGUGGUGGGAAGCAUCGUCGGAAGCGGCUGCGGCGGCAACGGCAACAUAUCGAAAUCAAGAAAAAGUACAUUAAUGUGUGUUCGGACGAUGCGUUGAACAGUGCUCUUGGCCUAUAUGACAAACGGCCACGGCGCCGCCGCCAUGGCGUCGUUCAUGACCAAGAAGAAAAAGUACAAGUUCCAGGUGGACGUGCGGCUCGACGAGCUCCUCGAGGUGCCGUUCGUGUCCGCAGUGCUCUUCGCCAAACUCCGACUCCUCGACGGCGGAAACUUUCAGGACUGCAGCAGCCGACAAGAGGUGAGGGAUCACGUGGUGAAAUGGGAUGCGCACUAUUCGUUCCCCUGCAAGAUGAUGGCGAAUGCCUCGACGGGGAUUUUGGAGCGUUGCGUCCUCAGAGUUUCGGUGCGGAAGGAGUGCAAGGGCGGUCGGUCCUUCACCAAGCUCGGCUUCGUCGACCUCAAUCUGGCGGAGUUCGCAGGCGCCGGGGAGACGAGCAAAAAGGCCCUCCUCGAGGGUUACGACACCAGACACAGAUCGGACAAUAGCAUGCUCAGAUUCUCGAUCAAAAUGAACAUGCUAUCCGGUGAUAUACUAUUCAAAGCUCCGUCGCCUUCGCUGAAGCACAAAUCUGUACCAUCCGAGGAUGCAGCGGUCGUCGUGCUGGAACCAUCUGGUGGUGGAACAUCGGACGAGUACAAUAAUAGCAGCUCUACGGCUGGGUCUAUAGCGAGCGGCAGUUCCGGUUUCGGCAGUCUCCCGAAGAAGCGAUCCGCGCUUCUCUCCUCCGAUUUAGUGAUAGGCCACACGUUGGCAGAAGGCGGAGGACCGACCACAACGACGACGAUGACGGCCGCCGCGAAUGCAGACCACUUCUGCGCGGAUGCCACAUCGCUGCCGUCAUUCACGGCCGUCGCAGCAGCCGCUUCCACCAACAACAUCGCCGCCGUCGAGCACGAAGAGCUCUCCUGCGAGCAGGGCCAUUCGCGGAACUCCUCGAACACGAGCCAAAUGUCGAAGGCGUCCGGUUACAGCAGCGUGCAUUCGCACAGUCGACAGUCCAGUUCAGGAGACUCGGGUCACAUAAGGGAACUACCCAAGACCAAAAGGGGGGGACCCGCACUAAAUAUCCCUAGCACGUUUCGCGAAGAUUGUCCUACUCCCACUCCGCCCCAUUCGAUUAACAAUAAACAUGCCAUCCUGCUACCUCUUUCGCCACCGGCGGCCGACGACGAGGUGUUUCGUACGCCCAUCGGCACCGGGAAUACCAUGCCGAGUCCGUCGUUCGAGGAAGCCGCUGUCGCCGCAGCAGCCACCACCACCGACGGUCACCAUCCGAACGGUACGACGACCUACUAUACGCCGAGCACCGGCUCCACCCCUUUCGCGACGCCACUCCUCCACAUGGAACGAAACAGUUUGGAUGGCGGAUUCGUUGGUGGUGGUGGUGGUGGUGGAAGCAGCGCCGGUGACUUUUCCAGAGAUUUCUGCGAGGUCUUGAGGUCGAAGAGCGACUUCGAGAUACCCAGGCACGUUCAAAUGCAGUUCGGACGACAGCACGAGGGUUUCCUGCAGAAUUUCGCGCAGAGGUCGGAUAACAUACUCGCUUAUCUGACGCCGUUGACUCGCCGCCGCCGCCAUCGACAACACAACAACCGACUCCACCACGACGCAGACGAGCAUCACUCCACUCCGUCGAAUCUACCGGCGGCGUCCGUUAUUUCCUCGUCCUCCUCCGUUUCCACUCUGAAGCUCUCUCCCAUCCCGAAAUCGCACUCGUCGUCGAACGCGCGCACCACGACCGCCGCCUCCUCGUCCUCCUCCUCCCUGAACUCCCUCAAAUCAACGACGCAGGGAUCCGAUAUGCUCCUCUUAGGCGUCCAACCGAUCGCAAGGGGCUUGCCUCAUCGCAAGCUGCUGCUGCUGCUGGAGUCAGGAGGCUGCGGCGGUAAGCUGGCUCCCAUGACGGCGGCGACCACUCCCGACGAGACUCCGCAAGCCGUCGCCAUGCCGACCAUCACUACCAGCAACUCGACUGCCGCCGCCAUCAUCAUCGCAACCACCAUCGCCAACACGAUCAGUACAAUCACCAACACCACCUCCUUCAUCAAUAUCACCACAACCAAUGUCAACUGCAACAACAAUGACAACGACAACGUUUCGUCCGAUUGCUGUUGUUCGCAAACCCCAAUUAUUAUCCGGCGUCCGAGCGUCGCACAGAAUCCUAGUUCGGGUAGUCUGGUGCUGUCAGAGACGGGGUCGCUGGACAGGGCGAAGGCGGCUCUGGAGAGGCGGAAGAAAACCCAACCUCAAGAGCAGGAGACGACGGCGCCGGGACGCGUCGAAGGCACCAGAGUCAACACCGACCAUCUGAUCGAUGAGCUGAUCAAGAACACCAACCUGGAGCAGGCGGCUGACGACGAUUCGGCUGAAUCAUCCGGUUUGCAGCUGUUCAUCGCGAAGGACGGCACCGCCGCCCUGGGUAGCCACGAGGUCAAGUCUCAAAUGUCCGCAGGAGUUUUCAAGCAGGUGGUCAUGGAGGAUAGCAACAGGUAGCCCUCCUAGUUAUUGUUACCGUGUGAUGUCUGCAGAAGACGAUACAUUUGUUUGCAAAACAAAAUCUUCAUUUCUUCUAUACAUAAUAUUAUUAUCGUUAUUACAUUUACAACAAGAACUGCUGCUGCUGCUAUUACUAUUAUUAUUAUUAUAUUAUAAAUAUUUGAAUCGCGAAGCGACACCACCUACCUUUUCUCCAUGCCAAUUCCUCAUUCUUUAUCUCUCCUCUUUUCAUUCAUUUCCUUCUCUUCUCUUGGGAAUAAUACAAAUUUUAGCAAAUACUUUUUGCCAAUUAUUGUUUGUGAUACAGUGAUGUCUGGUAGCAUCAAUAGUAAUAGUAGAGUGAAGUAAGAAACAUGAUCAGGCGGAGGAUUCAGACUAAAAAUGUAUGAAACAAAAAAAAAACAACUAAUUAUCGCCUCGAUACAUCACACAUUGUAUUGCCGUUAAUAUUACUAAUAUCAUUAUUAUAUAUAUUAAGUUAUUUUCUA